GUCUGUGUGUGUCUGUGUGUGUGCGUGUAUGAUGCGAUGCUGAUGGGGGAGCCACAGCAGGUGAGGUUUUAAGGUUCUGGCUUCCGCUGCCCGGUGCCUGUACUCUCUCUGCAAUCUACUUGGAUUUGGGGCGAAGAAAAAAGGAGGCUUGUUGGGAUGCUUUGCGGUAGUUUUAAAUGCCUGAGGCUUCUUAGCGCCCCGUGUUGCCAAGGGGGAGGUUAAGUGCCCCAGGAGUGGGUAAGGGGCGUCUCUAACCACUUCAUUUUCUUGCCAGCCCCAGCCUAGUGGUGGAAGGGCGACUAUCGAGAGAGAGAGAGAGACAGAGAGAGAGAAAGAGAGAGAGAAAGAGAGAGAGAGAGAGAAAGAGAGCGAGGGAGAGCUCAGUAUUUGGCUGGGAGGUUUCCUGGGCCAGGCUGGAUGGUUUCACGGGCGCUAUAUCGGCCGGCCAUCUGCUGCAGGGAUGCAGAUUUCGUUGUAGACUCUGUGCGUGUGUGCGAGCCGCGCACUCCGUGUGGACAUGGGGGUCCCGGCGUGUCUCCGUGGACACGCUCAGCGUCCCUCUCCUAGGAAAUGGACUGUUGAUCCUGGGACGGACUCUACCAGGUAACACAAUAGCAACGCCUUUCACUGCUUGGUCCAGAUGGGAAACAGUUAGAGCUUCUGGAAUAGUACUCGCUCUUCAAAACAUACUACGCAAGGGAGGGAGGGAAGGGUUGGCUCCUUCGCUCCCAUCCAAAGGUGGGUGAGAGAAACCCGAGUCAGUGGGGAUCUGGGGACGUGAUGGGUGCGUGCCCGUUAUGUGUGGAUUCUGCCUGUGACACUUUAGCUCUGUGUCAGAGAAUAGUGACGGUCGUGUGUAGAGGGAUGAUAGCUGACAUUUUCCAGAUAGCUCUUAAAGUUCGUUUAGGUGAACAGCACUUGUUUGGGGUUUGGUUUCUUUGCUGUGUGCCUGUCUAACAGGAGGAGAGGAGCCAGCAGGGCCACGGUGUAGAGUGCCCCAGUGUCUACAGGGAGAAAGGACCUGUCCUUUUGCAGGCGCUCUCUGAGGAGACUGGACCUGGUGGGCUAUACUUUACUGCCUCCUUUAUCAGGGACAGGCUGACUGGGAAGUUGUCUUUCUGGAAUCCAUGUAAAGUUCCGUCCUCUUUUGAAGGGGCACGGGGUAUCUGUAUGGGACUGAAAUAUUGUACAGAGCAGAGAGGCUGGCUGCCUCCCACUAAUGGUAGCCUGAAGAUGCACAGUCUGUACCCGUGGGGGAGAUGAAGGGGGAGGAGAGGUGAGGUGGUCCUGUCCUUAGAAGGAGGAGUGGAAGGUGCGGCAGGGAGCAAUGGGUGAUGGAUUUGCCAGGGUUGGGGUUUCCAGGCCUGGGUCCUGGGCUUGAGGCUUUGUUUUAGGACACCAGACUGUACUGAAAAGGGGAAAUGCAGAUUAUAAGAGGCUAACGGGAAGCAUGAGAGGUCUUAAUAUGACUGUGCUGUGCUUUUCAAAGGGCCUGGUAGACUGGGGAGCAAGAAUAGCUUCUAGUGAAGGAGAGUCAUUUAGGGGGACACUUUCAUUCUGAUUUGCAGAAAGUUGCCAUCCGCCCCGAGGUAUAACUAGCUGCUGUAUAUUUCUGUGAGCCACGCCAACACUCUCGGUCAUCCCUUUGCCUUUGCAGCGCAUGAGGGAUUAAAUGGAAAUCACACAAGAGUGGACACAUGGGUCUUUCUCGGAUGGUUGCAGUAUACUUCUGCCUGGGAGCUGAGGUCCAGAACAGAGGGCCUCCUAAGAACCCCCUUCCUGUCUUCAGCUUGUCUAAUUCUCUGUGUUUUUACCUUUCCGAGGGCUGAACUUUGAUACUGUCUUGAGUUCUUCUUGAAUUGCCAGUUUUCAGCCUCCUCAUGCCUCCGUCUCCUUUAGACGACAGGGUAGUAGUGGCACUGUCUAGGCCCGUCCGACCUCAGGAUCUCAACCUUUGUUUAGACUCUAGCUACAUUGGCUCUGCCACCCCAGGCAGUGACAGCCACCCUCCUGUCAUCGCCACCACCGUUGUGUCCCUCAAGGCUGCGAAUCUGACGUAUAUGCCCUCAUCCAGCGGCUCUGCCCGCUCCCUGAAUUGUGGAUGCAGCAGUGCCAGCUGCUGCACUGUGGCAACCUACGACAAGGACAGUCAGACCCAAACGCAAGCCAUCGCUGCUGGCACCGCCACCACCGCCAUCGGAACCUCCACCACCUGCCCUACUAACCAGAUGGUCAACAACAAUGAGAACACAGGCCCUUUGACUCCAUCAGGGGGGGUGGGCAGCCCUGUAUCAGGAACCCCCAAGCAGCUAGCCAGCAUCAAAAUCAUCUACCCCAGUGACCUGGCAAAGAAGAUGACCAAAUGCAGCAAGAGUCACCUGCCAAGCCAGGGCCCUGUCAUCAUUGACUGUAGGCCUUUCAUGGAGUACAACAAGAGUCACAUCCAAGGAGCUGUCCACAUUAACUGUGCCGAUAAGAUCAGCCGGCGGAGACUGCAGCAGGGCAAGAUCACUGUCCUAGACUUGAUUUCCUGUAGGGAAGGCAAAGACUCUUUCAAGAGGAUCUUUUCCAAAGAAAUUAUAGUUUAUGAUGAGAAUACCAAUGAGCCGAGCCGAGUGAUGCCCUCCCAGCCACUCCACAUAGUCCUCGAGUCCCUGAAGAGAGAAGGCAAAGAACCUCUGGUGUUGAAAGGUGGACUUAGUAGUUUUAAGCAGAACCAUGAAAACCUCUGUGACAACUCCCUCCAGCUCCAAGAGUGCCCGGAGGUUGGGGGUGGUGCACCUGCAGCCUCGGGCCUCCUACCUCAGUCCAUCCCCGCCACCCCCGACAUUGAGAAUGCAGAGCUGACCCCCAUCUUGCCCUUCCUGUUUCUUGGCAACGAGCAGGAUGCUCAGGACCUGGACACGAUGCAGCGGCUGAACAUCGGCUAUGUCAUCAACGUCACCACCCACCUCCCUCUCUACCACUACGAGAAAGGCCUGUUCAACUACAAGCGGCUGCCCGCCACGGACAGCAACAAGCAGAACCUCCGGCAGUACUUCGAAGAGGCUUUCGAGUUCAUUGAGGAAGCUCACCAGUGUGGGAAGGGGCUCCUCAUCCAUUGCCAGGCUGGGGUGUCCCGCUCUGCCACCAUUGUCAUUGCUUACUUGAUGAAGCACACUCGGAUGACCAUGACUGACGCUUAUAAGUUUGUCAAAGGCAAGCGACCAAUUAUUUCUCCAAACCUUAACUUCAUGGGACAGUUGCUGGAGUUUGAGGAAGACUUAAACAACGGUGUGACACCACGAAUCCUUACACCAAAGCUGAUGGGCAUGGAGACGGUCGUGUGACAGCAGCCUGGAGGGAAAGGAUUCCUGUUCUUCGUUAGAAGUCGAGGAGAAAGGAGGGCUGGUGUUCUUUUUCUUUCUUUUUUUGUUUUUUAGGAUGGGGUAAAGUUUGUGAAUGGAAACAAACUUGUUCAGAAACUUUUUAUUUUUAACAUGUGUGAGAAGAAUUUAUCUUUCAAUGCCAGUGACAUCAUUGUUGAUGCCAUUGAUGCCAGGAUUCAUUUCCCACAAACUGAUAAAACAGGGAGGCUAAAGAAGUCAUUUUUUAAGCCAACAAUAAAAAUAAAAUAAAACUUGGUUCUCCUCCCUUUUGUUUUAAGCUAUUUGUAGAGUUUGUGAUGAAAUAGUCUGUGCAGGCUCAUAGACCGAAGAUGCUACACUUCAAUACAAUGACAAAGAACCAAAAGUAAGCAGAGAAGACAUUGAGUCAGGAAGACCUGAGGUCUGCCCAGGCCAUCCACACAGAAUACAGAACCCACCCAGCCAAGCCCUGUAGGGCUCACUGGUGCAGAGAAAAGAUCAGGGCAGCUGAAGUCAUCUAAGAACCCUUCCUUCACACAUUCUUUAAAGAGUCAAAGGAUACUGUUGAGUUUGUGUGUUUCAUACUCUGGAUUUUUUUGUUCCCCCUCUCUGGGUUUUAGGGUUUUUUUUUUAGUAGCAAGGAACUUGACCAUAAUCCCAUAUGCCUUCACUGGCUUCUUGUGCAAUACUAUGGUGUUUUGAGUGCGCAAACAAGUUCGCACUGGUAGCCUAAUACUAGACAGUGCAAAUUUGCCAGCUUGGAGAUAGCAAGGAAUUAAAAAAAAAAAAAAAAAA